UAAAGUCUUUAUCAAUAACCUUAUUUAGGUUAUUUUAAUUUUAUUUAGAAAGAAGUUAAUUUUUUGGCUUGUUUUAUUUUUUCUCAAAUAAAAUGAACAUAUUAAGAACAGUCAAUUUAAUAGUUAAUAAAAGUUUACCAAAAGACUUGGGUGCUAAUCAGCUGAAGUUGAAUGAAAUCCUUAAAAGAUGUUCUAGUUUUCGAUCAUCUAACAAUGUUCGAGAUAUAAAUGAAUAUCCUGAAGUAGAAAUUUUAAAAAACCCACCCGAAUGGAAAUAUGUAAAUAUGUUGUUGAAACAACCUGUAGUGCCUAAACCAACUUCAAAGGCGGAAUACCCAUCUGGUUGGACACCUGCAACUGCAAACCCUUCGAAUGUAAAGUAUUUUAUUAAUCGAACCAGAAAUUAUAUGAUCCCAGUGUACUUAAAAACGGCUUAUCGUGGUCAACGUCGUCUUACUCUAAUUAGAAAAAUUGAAGGUGAUAUUUGGCUAUUCGAAAAAGAUAUAAGGCAACACGUUGAAUCCAAUAUUGGGAAAAUUUGUGCGACACGCGUAAAUGAAUUAUGUGGACAAAUAACAAUUUAUGGUGACCAUGUGAAUUUAGUUAGAAGUUUUUUAAUAUCGAAAGGAUUUUGAGUACCAGUAAAAAAGAUUUUUAAAUAAAAAUGCUUUGUUAAAUGA